AUGGAUUCCUUGGAUUCGGAUUCGCUGAGUUUGAUCUUCUCCUUGUUCUCUUUCAAGGAGAGGGUCAGGCUGGAGAGAGUUUGCAGAAGGUGGAAAGAUGUGAUGCAUGUAAGUUAAAGAGCAAAACAGCGUUUUUCCGAUCUUCGUUUCAACAUUUUUAUCGACUACGCCAGAUCCGUUAUUCCAAAAAAUCCAAACCAAGUAAAUCCUUCCAGAAUCGCCGAGUCUACGUGGGAGAAUCAUCAUUCAAUAUCGGAGACUACCUGUACAACAACAAUCACGGCUAUUUCCAACAAGACAGUCUCUCAUUCGAGCCCACAACUCUCAGCAUCUUGAAACGGUGCGGGCCUUUUCUGAAGCAGCUCUCUUUUGGAUCUCGAUGGCUUAGAAUCACACCUACAGUUCUUCAAAGCGUUGCCGAGUAAGUCCAUCAAUCACAAUAACAUGUCAUCUAAUCAAUAAGCUAUACAAAUAAAAACAAUUCAGUCAUUGCGAACGCCUGACGGUUCUUGAUCUCAGUGCCUCAAUUCUAAGCUCAGAUUUAACGCCAGUUCUACAAAGAGUAGGACCUCAGCUCCGAGUCCUCUCAUUAGAAGACACCUCUUGGUCUAAUACGGAUAAUGCCAAAAAAGUAAGUAAUUACUUUGAAUUUUUUUACUAGUUUAGGCCGGAAAGAGCUUCAGGAUGAUGGAAAAACUAGAGGAAGUUUACCUUCGAAACUGCGGUAUCGAUAUGGUGGAUAUUUUGGACUUUCCGGGGCAGCUCAGGUAAGAGGUCGAAAAUUAAAUUAAAAGUAAUAAAAAUUUCGUUAGGGGUCUUUGACCUACGGGCCUUUGUACAGUGGGGGACCUGAUCCAGUGGCAAAGAAAGCAUCAUUUUGCAUCCGGGAAUUAUCAAAAAUGUGGCAAAAUGCUUCCCUCUCCAAGUGAAACACUCCGAUUUUAAAAGCGCGCCCGCUCUUUUUGUGAGCGAACCCUUCAAAACAAAGUUUUUUAACUUGGAGAGGGAAGCAUUUUGCUACAUUUUUGAUGCUUCCCGGAUGCAAAAUGGUACGUUUUUUGCCACUGGAUCGGGUCCUUCCCUGUAGUAUUUAACAUUCCACGUUACUAAAUUAUCCGAAAAACUGAUGCCAACCGCAAUCCUCAUUUCAGAAAGACCGACCUCAGUUCCAAUUGGCAAUUAACUGCCGAGAUUCUAGUUUCCUUCCUGAUCAAUCAAAGAGAGCUUAUUAGCCUAGCGUUAUGUCCGUUUCCAGGCGGGCAAUUCCCGAAAUAUUCGGACGAGGAUCCGUCAGACGGAAUCGAGGCAGUAAUCGAAUGUCUCUCGGGUAAGUGUAAAUCUAAUCAAGGCAAAACACGUGUAAAAAACAAAACGAGGCCCGCAUUCCAUUUCAGGCAUAACCACACUGCAGGAACUGAGCCUCGGGCAAAUUUCGUACGAGCCGCGGACCCUUUCGUUGGCUCCGUUGGGACGGCUGACAAAUUUAAAGAUACUCGAGUUCAGGGUAAGUUGUGAGCGCUGUAUUACCCGCGGCCACCUGACUUUUUUGGGGGUUGUUAUGACAACCAGACGUGUAAUUGCAUGUGUUGAGGUGGCCUACCACAUUACAAUACAACCUGUGCGAGUAAUUUGGGUCGAAACCCGGGUGUGAAAACAACAACAAAUUUCGGACGUCAUGUUUGUCAUGUUCUGAGUACUUUUUAGUAAACUAAACGGGUCGCAAACCUCUAAACGACAUUAUGUUUGCAAAAACAAAUACGUACAAGGCAGUGGCCAACCUAAUUACCACAUUUUACGCAAUGUUGCUGACAUAACAAAGCCAUACUCUUUCCAGAAGACAAAAAAGUCGAAAAAGAGAUCAAAGUAACACCGAAAUGAACCGCAAAAAGUACAAAAGACCGUUGAUUUUUGAAGAACGCCCUUACUAGGCCUCCGGAAAGCCGGGAGACAUGCAAUGUGAAAAACAAAAGUUCACUUUUCACUGUGCAAAUGGCUUUCUAAGGCUGUUACUCGCCCUGACUACUCUUGGACAGCGCGUGUCGCCAAAAUCACCCCAGUUACUUUGCGAACGGACCAUUCGAGAUCUCUUCGAUCUCUUUUAGACAUCCCUUUGGAGACUAGGAAACUCUUUGCAUAACAAAUCUUCCUCAAAACAGAAUGAAACACAAACUUUCAGCAAGUAAUGAGCCUGACCGGAGAAACAAUAACUGAGAUUCUUCAAGGAGCAACGAAACUUCAACAACUCACUGUGGUGCACUGUCAAAAAGUUGACGACUACCGAGGACUCUAUAUUCUAAAGGAUCUUGAGACCUUACAAGUCGAACGAACCCCUCAAAUCUGCGAUCAAGAUGUUCUUGACGUGGCAGUUCAUGGGAAACUCAAAGCUGUCGCCCUCAGGCGUUGCUAUAACAUUGAAGACGACGCUGUUGUUGGAUUAGCAACUAAUUGCAAUUUAGAGGAGGUAAGUAAUAAAACCUUUGUUAAAAUAAUGUAUACACAUCCAACAUUAAACAAGCCUCUUAUAUUAUAACAUUGUAUUAGACUAUCAGAGCAAUAUUUUCGUUUUCAGCUCGAUCUGACCGAUUCCGAUGGAGUAACGGACCUAAUCUUCGACGUUCUCGAGCCUAUUCACACUCUUCGCUCGUUAUUUCUCGGUGGAUGUAAAAAACUGACCGAGCAUGGAAUUCGCCGACUAAUCAAAGGUUCACUAAUCGAACGAUUGGAGCAACUCGACCUCUCUCGGAACAAAAACUUCACCAAUUAUACAUUACAAAUCCUUCAUGAGGCCAUUCGACAAAUCCCGAGGAAGCGGCCGUUGCAAGUUUUUGGGUUUCAAACUCAAAUCGAGGAGAGAUUGGCCCAAAUCGUAUGUCCAGAAAUCGAGUUGAUUAUAACUUGA